GAAAGUUUGCUGUGAAAAAAAAAUGAAUUACUUGUGAAUUAAUUAUGAAAUUUAAAUUGCAACAAGUGCGCGAGAUUAAUUAAAUUAUGCGUGUUAUUAUUUCUGAUGGAUUUGCGACGACUCAUUUUCGUCAUCUGUCGUAAGUUGACGAGUGGUUUGAUCUUGAGAUAAUUUAUACCACCGGCGACGGGUAAUUAUAAAAAUAUCAUUAUAAAUAAUAAAGAAUUACAGUUUUAAUUUAUUUAAGAUAGUUAUCGGAUGUUAAUUCAGUUUAAAAGAGUGAAGAAAAUUUUUUAGCCGAGGAAUAUUGAAAGUUUUUCAAAACCGUAUGAAAGAAAAAAAAAUUUAUUGACAGCAAAAACUUGUUAAAAUUACGAUUAUUUACUGCCGGAUAAUGAUAAAAAGUAUCAUUUUUAAACCACUUGAAAUAUAGAGUGACGUAAAAGUAUUCAAAAGAGAACGUACUCCAGUUCCAUUUGUUAUUUUGUGUGGCAACAAUUUAAAUUUUCAUUUAUCGAUAGUAAUGUUUGAUUAUGAUAAUUAUAAUUGCUUGGGAUAUAUAUUUCUAUGAUAAGAAUUCUACAGACCACUUGAGGUCUCGAGGUCAAAUUUACGUCAUCUGUAAAAUCGGCUUAUGAUCAAAAAAAUCUGAGCGCGAGGAUCUACGCACUGCUCUGGUCGCUGGUACAGAUUUUACUGGAAGCUUGUCUGGAGACUGAGGAAGAUCGAAUUGUUGCUGGACAAAUGUGGUCACUAAGAGAAAUACGCAGUGUCGUUUGUUCUUAUUUACAUCAAGUCUUUAUCACUGAGCCUUCAUUAGCUAAACUAGUACAUUUUCAGGGAUAUCCGCGGGAUUUGUUGCCGAUAACAGUAGCCGGGAUACCAUCGAUGCAUAUUUGCUUAGACUGGAUACCAGAACUUCUGUCUCAACCAGAACCAGAGAAACAAAUUUUUGCUGUUGAUUUAGCGUCACAUCUCGCCGUUCAGUAUGCGCUGCCAAAAGCACUCAGUGUUUCGCGAUUAGCAAUAAAUACACUCAUCACUCUGCUGGGUGUAUUGCCUGCCAAAGAACGCGUCGUACUUUUUAUGCCAGUCCUGCCAGCACUGACACGAAUUUGUCUAGCGUUUCCACCGCUCGCCGAAGACACUACAGGACUUCUUCUGCAGCUGGGGAGAAUCAGCUCAGCACAAGCCGCGCUUGGUGAUAAAUCCGCGGAAAUACUUUGCCACGAAGUUAAUCAAACAUUUUCAUCUCUACUUCAAAAAGCUAUUCUACAAUCAAGAGUUUAUUAAAAUAAAAAAUAAUUAUUAUCGUGUACAUAAAUUACCCACAUGUUUAUUAUUAUUUACAUUUUUUUAAUGUACC